AUGGUUGCCAUCAAGUCCGCUCUCACCCUGCUCGCCUACGGGUCGCAUGCCGCUCUGGCAUUAUCUACCAUUGUCUGUUCCAGCGAACUGGGAACAAAGAAGCGAAUUACUAUUGUCAAAAAAAUCAUUCGCAAGGUCAACGUAGUUAUUGUCGCAAGGCCUUACACCACAACCGAGACUACAACUGUUCUGACGACUACAACAUCAACGGCUAAUCCGAAUGUCAAGACUGCCACCGAGCAAGUUACCCAGACACAAACCAACACAGAAGACCGAUUGGCCACAGCAUUCUCGACCGAAAAAGUCACUUCGACGACAUCAAAGUACACUACACAAACGAUCCAAGCACCCGCAGGGUUUACCAAGAUUGGUCGGUCUCCUGAUUAUGUAGCAAAGAGGGCCGGUAUUCCAGAUACAUCCCCUGGAUCCAUUCCUAUCCCUCUCGGCGGCAAAGCUGCAGUACCCGCUCAGUAUGUUCAACGCAUUCGAUGCAUCAAGAGAGUCCCGGUGAUUUCAACCAAACACACCACAACAACCGUUCAAGGCUCCAGAAAGACGAUUAAGCGUACCAAGACAAAGACUGUCAGCACUACAGAGACAGUCAUUGAGACAGAAUAUCCAGACGAUGUGAUGACCACUGUGACCGAGACUUCGUUUCUCACAGUAACUGAGUACAACGACAUCACCUCAACCAGCACCAUGACAGAAUUUGUUACCGUCGAGACACAAGUCCCCGUUGAGCUAGACCUUGCCUGCAGCAACGACAACAUGAUUACGACAGCCAAUGGUGGUAGAUCUCUGUAUGGCAGAGAUUACGGCGAUUAUCCAUUCUAUUUAUUAGAUAUUACUGGAAUGUCUAAUGCGUAUGAAUGCUGUGCAGCAUGCAUGAAAAACCCCCAGUGCUUAUCUGCUGCGACAUCCCUUGCCGACCGUGCCAAGUGCGUUCACUUUGCGAGCACUAGUACUAAACUUUGUCCCAACGGCCAAGUCAACUGGGGUACUUAUUUUACCGCAUCAAACGAGUCGCCUUUUUGGAUCUGGAGUAAUGGGCCCUGUGGUACUUGGAAGAAUGGUGGCAACUGGAAUGUUAGAGAAAGUAAAGAUGUUUGA